GACAGAAGCGAAAACCUAGGAUUUUGUUUUGUCUUGGUUCUAGCUUGAGCAUGAAGCAUCUUCUCCGGCAACAAUUCAGUAAUUUCUUCUGGAAACUUCCUUGUAGACGUUCCUUCGUUCAUUUCCCUAAAACCAUUCCUUCACCGGAGCUCACUAAUGACACUCUCAAGCGUCGGAUCGAGCGAGUCCAAGAUUCGUCUGUCUCCAUCACUCCGUUGCUCCGAGAAUGGUGCGAACUCGGAAAUCAAACGGGUCUUUCAGAACUCAGGAGCAUCAUCACCUCUCUUCACAGAUCCAAUCGCUUCUUUCACGCUCUCCAGGUAUCGGAUUGGAUGAUUGAACAAAAAGCUUACAAGCUGAGUUCGAUGGAUUUUGAGCGACGGCUUUACUUGACUGCAAAAGUUUGUGGUGUUGAAGAAGCGGCUAAGUUCUUCGAGACUGUUCCUGUAGAAAAGAGGGAUCUUUAUUUGUACAAUGCUCUCUUGAGCUGCUGCAAAACACACAGCUCUUUGGCCAUAGCUGAGACUACUUUUGAGAAGAUUAGAGAGCUUGGUUUUGCUGAUAACAAUCCUCAAAUCUAUAGCACCAUGCUCUGUCUCUACCAUCAGGCUGAAGAUCACGACAUGGUGGUGAAGCUUCUUGGUGAGAUGGAUGAGAAAAAGAUGCAACCCCAAGGACUGUCUUUUGACAAGCUUUUAACUUCUUACUCAAUGGCAUCUGUUUUAGAUGUAGAAGGUAUGGAGAAGUUUUUGAGCAAGUGGGAGGUGAUGAUACAGGAAAAAUGGACCACAUUCUACUUUCCAGGAUUGGUCUACAUACGAGCAGGGUUUAGGGAAAAGGGUUUAGCUUUGCUUCGUAGGACAGAGCCAUUUGUUGGUGACGGCGCUAGAGAAAUCAUCUAUGGAUGUCUCAUGACUGCUUAUUGUAGCGAGAAUCUAACAGAGGAUGUGUACCGUCUCUGGAUCUUGGCUAAGGACUAUGGGAUAUCCUUUGACAGUUCCAAAUGUUCUGAUAUCGUCAAGGCAUUUACGAGGAAGGGUGAUCUCGAUGAGGUUAUGGAAGAGUGGAAUGAGUGUCCCAAUAUUGAUCUGAUGGAUUUUGGUCUCCAACAUAGAUGUAUGAAGGAGGAGGCUGAGAAGAUUGUGGAUAUGAUUGGGAAGAAGGAGAGCAAAUGGGAGAGUUUGGCACACAAGGUUAACAAUGUGGUGGAGGAUGAAGAUGAUAAAGAAGAGGAGAGGAGGAAGAGAGUGGCAGAGGCUAUGGAGGGGAGGCUGCAUGACCGCUGGAACCCAAAGAGCAGCAUGGCUCUGUCUGCUUAUGCAUGCGUGCAAUAUGUGGAGGGUCGGAGAGAUAUGGAGAGUACAGCGGACAUUCUGAGACUCCUGAACAAGCGAGAGCAAGUGUUGCAUGCAAUGGACAAAGACCGAUUGAGCCUGAAGAUGGUAGAGGCAAUGAGAGGAGGAGGAUACGUUGGUGGAUAUGAUUAACAUAUCGAUCACAAUAUUUGUAACUCUGUUUGUUAUCUAGUUUAGCAUUAAUCUAUUAGGCGUUUCUGAGCAAACACAUCAAUGAUAGCUACACAUUGGUUGGUGGAGAAGACUAAAGAAUAAAAUCAAUUUGUAACU